GUCAUGGUGGGAGGUAUCUGCAACACAUACUACUGAAAUCCAUGUUAUAACUAGGUUGACUCUAGUAACCCAGUUAUAACAGGUUUCUAGUUAUUUUUCUCCCUCUAUUAUAAAGAGGGAGGAAAAUGGUCCAUGAUUUUUUAAAUAGAAAUCAGCAAUUUCUGGCACAAAAAGUACUUUUUAGUUCACAUGCCGUAGUCGUAAGGAUUCCAGUGUAAUAAAGCCUUGAUUGAAAAUUCUGGCAAGAAAUGUUCUGAUUACAGCUCUAAUGUGUGGAUAUAUGAAAUUAAUGGUGAAAUAAAUGACACCGAUUUACUAACUAAUUAUACAGAAGUAUGAUUUGGGUUGAUGAUAGUCUUAACCAUAAAUGUAUUUGUGUGAAUCGAAGAAAACGGCUCUGUUUGAAAUUAACAGAGUCCACAAGAAUCAGCUGUGAAUUAAGUGGGAGAAAAGUUCUAAGUCAAGUAGCAAAGACGGUAAUCCCUUGAAUGCAGUAACAGAUCAUGACACUCAUUCAGUGUCGUGAUCAAAUGAUGCACCUACCCAAAUGACGAUACUGGUUGAAAAGGGGUUACUUUGACGGAUGUGGGUGUUAAAAACAGAUUGCUGUAGAUAAUGACUGCCUGUGAACCAAACAGCUGUAUAAAAGGCCCAGAUAAGCAAUACUUUGAACACAAGUUGGAACAGCUGGCAUCAUGCACCAUUUGUCUACAUUUCUGUUUUUCAAUGUUCUAGCAUGUCUUGGACAAACUGUCCGGGGGAGUGACAUCAUACAUGGCGAAAAAGCCCCAGCCAACUCGAUGCAGUAUAUGGUCUCAGUGCAAAACAAAUGGGGUCAUGUGUGUGGAGGAUUUCUGGUCAGGCAGGACAUUGUGAUCACUGCUGCACACUGUGCUGUAGAUGAACCUGUGCGUGUUGUUCUGGGAACCCACAAGCUGUCGAAGAGGAAUAUGAACCCAGUGGAUAUUGAAUACUUCUGUAACUACACAACUUAUAAAUCUGUUAGACUUGGUGAUGACAUCAUGCUCAUUAAAUUGUCCAGGAAACUUCCGCUAAAUAACAGGGUGAAAAUAAUUCCACUUCCAACAUCUUCCAAUGCAAACCUUAGAGAUGGUCAGAUCUGCUCUGUAGCUGGAUGGGGUAAAAUUGGGACCAAUCACCCUCUUGUGGAUGACCUGAGAGUGGUGAAUGUGUCAAUCUUAAAUCCACAACUCUGUCGGGAGAAAUGGGGGAAUGGCCUCCCUUCCAAUGUGAUCUGUGCUGGUGGAUACGACACAGACAAAGGUUUUUGUCAGGGUGAUUCCGGCGGUCCUCUGGUGUGCAACAGGGUAGCUGUUGGUGUUGUGUCAUUCAACAAACUUGCCAACUGCAACUACCCAGAUGUGCCCAAUGUCUACACAGACAUAUCUAAAUAUCUUCAAUGGAUCAACAACAUUGUGAAAACAAAUAAAUGUGUGUAGCAAACUUGUUACAGAAGGUUUUCCUGCUCAGGGAGUUGUUCAUCUUAUUUCAAUGCCUCUGUCAGCU